UUGGUGGAGCAGAAUUCUCAAUUGAAAAAGGAAGCAGCCGUAUCUGAACGCAAAUUGGUGACACGUAAUGAACGUAUUCAAAGUUUGGAAGUUAUGUUACAAGAAUCACAAGAUAAUCUAUUGACACAAACGCAAAAGUUUGAAACUCAAAUACAAGCUGUACGAGAACGGUUGGAACAAAUACGAUCUCAAAAAUCACAAAGUGCUAUGGCUCUAAACUUUGGACGUAUUGCUAAACCACUAAGGGGUAGUGGAGCUGUUGUAGAUAGGUAUGAAUAA